AAGUGGAAGCCAUAAUCCAGUGCACUGAGCUUUCGCUUCGACUUCUGCAUUCAUGGCUUCUACGCCGGGGAUUCUCACCGAUUGGCCAUGGACGCCUCUCGGAAGCUUCAAGUAUUUGGUUUUGGCUCCUGGAGUGAUUCACAGCAUCUACCAUUACAUAACGAAGGAUGAAACAGAGAGAGACAUUUCAUAUCUUCUGAUUUUUCCUUUUCUUUUGUGGAGGAUGAUCCAUAGCCAGAUAUGGAUCUCCCUUUCUCGUUAUCGAACUGCAAAAGGCACCGCCAGAAUCGUCGACAAGAGCCUCGAAUUCGAACAAGUUGACAGAGAACGAAAUUGGGACGACCAAAUAUUGUUGAGUGGGAUCUUAUUGUACACAGUAAGCAAUGCAUUUGCUAAAGCUUCAAACCUUCCUCUGUGGAGGACAGAUGGAGUGGUUAUUACGUUUUUGCUACACGCAGGUCCGGUGGAGUUUCUAUAUUACUGGUUUCACAGAGCUCUGCACCAUCAUUAUCUCUAUUCUCGCUACCAUUCUCACCACCACUCCUCCAUUGUUACGGAGCCUAUUACCUCUGUGAUUCAUCCAUUUGGGGAGGUGAUAGCAUAUUACAUUCUGUUCGACAUUCCAAUGAUGGCGGCAGUGUGGAGUGGAACUAUGUCGGUGGCAGCCUAUUUUCUUUAUAUUUCUUACGUUGACUUCAUGAACUACAUGGGCCAUUGCAACUUCGAGUUCAUCCCUACUUCUAUCUUCACUCUCUUUCCUCCUCUCAAGUAUCUCAUGUAUACUCCAUCGUUUCACUCGUUGCAUCACACGCAAUUCCGAACCAACUACUCGCUGUUUAUGCCCUUUUACGAUUACAUCUACGGCACAUUUGACAAUUCUUCAGAUGCUCUCUACCAAAACUCUCUCAAAAGAGAGGAAGAAAUUGCUGACGUGGUUCAUCUGACUCAUCUCACCACUCCCGAAUCCAUCUAUCAUCUACGGCUAGGAUUUGCCACGCUGGCCUCCAGGCCCCACAGCUCCACGUGGUAUCUGUGGUUGCUGUCACCCGUCACGAUGGGGUCCAUGCUGCUGACCUGGAUUUAUGGCCGCACAAUUGUCACUGAACGCAACCAAUUUGAGAAGCUCAAGAUGCAAACGUGGGCCAUCCCCAAGUAUAACGUUCAGUACUCGCUUGAAUUGCAAACCGAAUCAAUAAACAGCUUGAUUGAAGAAGCCAUAAUCAAGGCAGACCAAAAGGGCUGUAAAGUCUUAACUUUAGGCCUUCUGAAUCAGGGAGAGGAGCUGAACAAAAAUGGAGGGAUUUAUGUACAGAGAAACCCUAAACUAAGAGUGAGGGUGGUGGAUGGGAGUAGCCUGGCUGUGGGUAUAGUGCUGAAUAGCAUCCCUAAAUUUGGCACCCAAAUUCUCCUCACAGGCAAAUUUACAAAAGUGGCCUUUGCCCUUUAUCAUUCCCUCUCCAAAAGAGGCAUUCAAAUUGCUGUGUUGCAUCAACAACACUACAAACAACUCAAAAAGUUUGAAGGCAACCCAGUCCUUUCAAAAGGCCAAUCUCCAAAUAUAUGGUUGGUGGGAGAUGGACUUACCGAUGAAGAACAGCUGAAGGCUCCAAAAGGAACCACUUUCAUUCCCUUCUCUCAGUUCCCUCCAAAGGCUGUACGUAAAGACUGCUUCUACCACUGCACACCUGCAAUGAGGGCCCCUCCUUCCCUCCACAAUCUGCACACUUGCGAGAACUGGUUGGCGAGACGAGUGAUGAGCGCAUGGCGCAUCGCUGGGGUGGUGCACGCAAUGGAAGGGUGGACGGAGCAUGAGUGUGGCUCUACAAUGUCCGAUAUCGAGCAAGUCUGGGAAGCAACCCUUCGAUGCGGGUUUCAGCCCCUAACCACACCCACGGCCUAUGGCUCCCUAUAGUUUCUAGUUUUAUGUCCACAGACGUGUGUUAAUGUGUGAGUUUGAGCUACUUUUGGUGUUUGUGUGGUAAUAAAACUACGGUGGUUUGUUUUCCA